AUGUUUAUUACUGGCUGCCUUCUGCUUAUCCUGCUCCUGCUUUUAAUGAGGAACAUUAACAUUAGCCUUGCUGCCACUAAGGGCGCGAUUCUAUUCCUACUAUGGAAGCCAAACUGGAGCCAAGAAAAUGAAAUUCUCUCAGUAUUAGAAUCUAGCAAUUUGAUCAAAGUUAGUGUCAAUAUACCUUUGUCAAGAGAUUUACUACAUCCUUCCACGGAGUAUGAGAAGAAAAAGCAUAAAAAGAAACCAAAUUCUUAUUUUAUAGAUAUAAAAAAUCCAGGUUGCUACAAGAUGAUGACCACAGUUUUCAGCCAUGCUCAGAGAGUGGCUCUCUGUGUAGGUUGUUCAGCAGUGAACAACCUCUUGUGUCAGCUCACAGAAGAAAAAGCCAGCCUCACAAAAGGUUGUUAAUUCAGGAGAAAGCAGCACUAA